AAUGAAGCUAACUGGAAACUAGAAGACUUACUCUACACAUGCAUGAACAUGAGGCCCAGCCAGGUAAUGCUUGGCACUGUCUCCUUUACACUUGGUGACCUAGUUGUGUCAACAACACUGUACAUGUACAGCAAUAAAAAGGAAAGCAUAGUUCAAGACAUGAUGCAUUUUAAUAUUUUUCAAUCCAUGGUGGACGUUUGGGCAACUUCAUUGCUGAGAACCUGCAUAUGCCUAGGUGCUGUGAUUGGUGUUGCAAAAAACAGGACACACGGUCCUCCGAGGCUUAAAGCAUCCCUAACCCCUAUGACCUUAGUUUGCUACCUCAUUGCUACCUAUGCUAUGAUAAAGUUGCUGUUGUACUCCGAGGAGGAGAAACCUGUGCGGGAUCCUUGGUUCUGGAGUCUAUUCGCCUGGACCUGGAUAUCCUCAGCUCUUACUCUUUGUGCUUGGAGCCAGCUGGGACAUGUUUCUCCUUGCAUAGAAGAACCCAGGUCAUAUUCUGUGCUGUCUGGGGACCAAGGAGAGGCACUGGGUUGCAACAGGAAAGAGGACGUCAAAAGGGAGUUUUCAGGGGCCACUGUAGGAAGGCUGCUUUCUUAUUGCAAGCAGGAUUCAUUAUACCUUGUUGCAGCUUUUCUCUUCCUUAUUCUAUGCACUCUAGGGGAAAUAUUCAGUCCAUAUUACACAGGGCUGGUGAUUGAUGGCAUUGUUGUCCAAAGAAGUCUGAAGAAGUUUUCCAGUGCAGUCGUCAUUCUUGCAGUUUUGGCUGUUGGGAGUUCUUUUUCUGCUGGUGUGCGAGGUGGGCUGUUUACGGUCACAUUUGCCAGGUUGAAUGUAAGAAUCCGUAACCUCCUCUUCCGCUCACUGGUGUCUCAAGAAAUCAGCUUUUUUGAUGAGAAUCACACAGGUGACAUCAUUUCUCGGUUAACCUCAGACACGACCAUUGUUAGUGAUGUGGUUUCUGAAAAUGUCAAUGUCUUCUUGCGCAGUUCGGUGAAAGCCUUGGGAGUAAUUGCAUUUAUGUUUAGCCUUUCCUGGCAGCUCUCCGUGUUGACCUUCAUGGGAUUCCCCAUCAUAAUGUUGGUGUCCAGGGUGUACGGAAAAUAUUACAAGAAACUCUCAAAAGAAGUUCAGACUGCCUUAGCACAGGCCAACAGUACAGCCGAGGAAACCAUUUCAUCAAUGAAAACCGUGCGCAGUUUUGCCAAUGAGAAUAGUGAAGCCAAUGUCUACCAAGAAAAAUUGCAACAAGUCUACACGCUGUAUAUUAAGGAAGCCAUCGCUUACACCUACUAUGUCUGGUCUACUGGAUUUACACAGUUGGUGUUACAGAUCAGCAUUCUUUAUUAUGGUGGCCACCUCGUUAUUUCAGGACAAAUGACCAGCGGUAACCUGAUUUCAUUUGUCAUUUAUGAAUUUCUUCUGGGAGACUGCAUUGAGUCAGUUGGCUCAGUGUACGGUGGGCUGAUGCAAGGUGUUGGGGCAGCAGAAAAAAUAUUUGAAUUCAUAGAUCGCAAACCGAAAAUGGUUAAUGAUGGCACCCUCGCCCCAGAAAAUUUGGAGGGUAAGGUGGAGUUCAGAAAUGUUACAUUCGCUUAUCCUACCAGGCCUGCAUCACAGGUUUUAAUGAAUAUGUCGUUCAGUCUUUAUCCAGGCAAAAUCAAUGCACUGGUUGGUCCAUCGGGUAGUGGGAAAAGCUCCUGUGUGAAUAUUUUGGAGAAUUUCUACUCUAUACAAGACGGGGAAGUUCUUCUUGAUGGACAACCAAUUAAAAGUUAUGAUCACAAGUACCUACAUACAAAGAUAUCCAUGGUAAGUCAAGAGCCAGUUCUGUUUGCCCGUUCAAUUCAGGAUAACAUUUCUUAUGGUUUGGGGCCGGUUCCUCUGGAGGUAGUUGUAAAUGCAUCCAAAAGGGCCAACGCACACAAUUUUAUAAUAGAACUUCAAGAUGGAUAUAAUACAGAAACAGGAGAGAAAGGUGCCCAAUUGUCUGGAGGUCAAAAACAGAGAGUAGCUAUAGCCAGGUCAUUGAUCCGAAACCCCAGGGUACUGAUACUGGACGAAGCUACCAGCGCUCUUGAUGCUGAAAGUGAACAUGCGAUCCAGCAAGCCAUGAAUAGCGAUCUGCAGAACCGCACAGUGCUAAUUAUAGCUCACAGGCUCAGCACUGUGAAGAAAGCACACAACAUCAUUGUUCUGGACCAAGGCAAAGUGGUGCAACAGGGAAGUCAUAAAGAUCUCAUGGAAGAAGGAGGACUGUACUCACAGCUCGUACAGAGGCAAGUCUCUGGCAUGGGACAUUCGAUAAAUUUACCCAUCAACUCAGCCAGGAUGGAGCUCUCAAGUGAAGAUUCAGCUGUGGACCUAGGAUUAUCACUUACUGACAUUUGAACACUUAUAAACUCUCAAAGCAUCAAUGGGAAGAGUAUGUUUGAGAAAGGUUUAGUAGCUGAAGAUUUGGGUUAUUUUUCCACUAAGUUUGACCAUACAUAAAUUGCUGUUUAUUAGGUUAAUUUAUUUUGAGACAUUUGUUUCCUGAAAAAAGUGUGAUGAGUUAAUUGCUAAUUUAACAGGGUUAUCAACCAAUGUGUGAAUUUUCAGGGAUGCAAAGCCAAUUCAAAAAUAAUUUAAACCUAUAAACUGAAAACGUAGCUAACGCCAGAUUGAUAAUUGUAACGUGAAAUGAUUUAUUUACAAUUUCUGACUUUAGUGAAAAACACUGUAGGCGUAGGAAAAUUUCCCAAUUUAGCGAUUUGUACAGUUAAACUAUUUUGGUCUACAUUAUGCACUUGGGUUGUAAAAUCAUGUCAGUUUAUCACAACUCCCUAUUUCGUAAAUGUGCCCCAGACGUCUUUGGCCAAUGCACUUGGGCUUUAUAAUUUAUUCAUACGUUCAUAUAUUACGUUGAGCUUGGGCUCAAUAAAAUAAAAAUAGGAGCCGAUGUGUAUAUAUAUUAAGCUGUAAUUUUAUUUACCGUUUCAGUAAGUUAUAUAUGCACCCACCUACAUUGCACGGAUGGUCAUCCUACAUUGCACAUAUAUUGCUUUGUGGAAUCUGUGGUGGUGCAUUAUGGGAAAGAACUUCCCAGGAAUAUAAGCAUUUAUGUCUGUAUGCAAUUAAGAACUUGAAUCCAACUGACUGUCUAUAGCAGGGAUAGGCAACCUUCGGCACU